GGCGGCACUGAGGGAAGCCGUCUUUGAGGCUCGCUACGCAUGCGUGUUGCUUCAUUCCUCCUCCACUGUAGACAUGGCGACGUCCCUGAUCUGCGGCCGUUUGACGGCUAGCCUGAGAACUUCAGGGGCCAGAAACUCUCUCAGCUCCGCCACCAAGGUUCUCGGUGGUUCUUCUGGUCUGUUCGGAGGCCAUGUGUCCCAGCAGCAGCCUCCCCACCUGCAGCAGCAGCAGAGGAACCUUUCCCUACACGAGUACAUGAGCAUCGGCCUGCUCAAAGAGGCCGGCAUCUCUGUGCCGGCCGGCAUGGUGGCCAGCUCCUCGGAGGAGGCCUACGCCGUCGCCAAGGAGAUCGGUUCAAAGGACCUGGUGGUGAAAGCUCAGGUUCUGGCCGGCGGCAGAGGAAAGGGGACGUUUGAGGGCGGACUGAAGGGCGGAGUGAGGAUCGUCUACUCGCCAGAGGAGGCCCGAGACAUUUCAUCCCAGAUGAUCGGUCGAAAGCUGUACACCAAGCAGACCGGGGAGGCGGGUCGCAUCUGCAACCAGGUGUUCAUCUGUGAGCGCAGGUAUCCACGCAGAGAGUACUACUUCGCCAUCACCAUGGAGAGGUCCUAUCAGGGCCCGGUGCUGAUUGGCAGCUCGCAGGGGGGCGUGAACAUCGAAGAUGUUGCGGCGGAAAACCCAGACGCCAUUGUGAAGGAGCCCAUCGACAUUGUGGAGGGCAUUAAGAUGGAGCAGGCUGUCAAGGUCGCUCAGAAGAUGGGCUUCCCACCGGCUCUGGUGAACGAGGCGGCGGAGAACAUGAUCAAGCUCUACAACGUGUUCAUCAAAUACGACGCCUCCAUGGUGGAGAUCAACCCCAUGGUGGAGGACUCCUCUGGCAUCGUGAUGUGCAUGGACGCCAAGAUCAACUUUGACUCCAACGCAGCGUACCGCCAGAAGAAGGUGUUCGACAUGCAGGACUGGACUCAGGAGGACCCCCGGGAUCAGCAGGCCGCCAAGGCAGACCUCAACUACAUCGGCCUGGACGGAACCAUCGGCUGUCUGGUAAACGGAGCCGGUCUGGCCAUGGCCACCAUGGACAUCAUCAAGCUCCACGGCGGCACACCGGCCAACUUCCUGGACGUCGGAGGAGGAGCCACAGCUCAUCAGGUGACCGAGGCCUUCAAGCUCAUCACCUCCGACAGGAAGGUUCAGGCCAUCCUGGUCAACAUCUUCGGAGGCAUCAUGAGGUGUGACGUCAUCGCCCAGGGCAUCAUCAUGGCCGUGAGAGACCUGGACCUCAAGAUCCCCAUCGUAGUCCGGUUACAAGGCACAAGAGUGGACGAUGCCAAAGCUCUGAUCGCUGCCAGUCCACUGAAAAUCCUGGCCUGUGACGACCUGGAUGAAGCCGCCAAAAUGGUUGUUAAGCUUUCUGAAAUCGUCUCUCUGGCAAAGGAAGCCCAAGUGGACAUCACCUUCCAGCUGCCCAUCUAAGAAACUUCCAUGACCUCACCCCAAGCACUUCCACCUCCACCUGCCCCCCAGAAAAAACCCCUCAGACACCCACAGAUCCACUCCCAAGACCAGGCAGCAGCAGGAUGGACCUCCCUCGUUUAGUUUCCUCCUUUUUUUUCUGGCUCUGUGGCGCGAUGGCACAACUCUGAAUACGUCUUCUUUCCCCCUCACACAUCUCCAACCUACAAACUUAUGUUGCACUUCAGUCAAUACGCACAAACCUUUAAAUCCUCCUUCACGCUCCUCCGCCGGCCGGUCUGUUCCCUUCGGUACUCGUCGGGAAGCUCCUCCUUCGACCUACUUCUAAAAGAAAAACGCAGCAUUUUUCUGUCUGACUUCAGCUUCAGUGUGUUUGUCUCUAAAUAGGAAUGUAACAGAAUAAAGAAUGAACUUGUA